UCAUCGUCGUCGCAAACUCAAAAGUCUCUCUGUCAGUCAGACCUCUCCGUCACAUCCAUCACACAGACGAGAAGUUUCGGUUUCACUGCUCUACUGCCCUCCCUACUCCUCUACGCCUCUCCGUCCCUGCCAUGCCCUGGAGGAAACGAACUCUCCUCUCACGAACCGCUGAGAUUCCAUAGGACUGCUGCUGCUGCUCAGUACUCCUCCGUCCUCUGUAAAUAGUAAAGAGGGUAAAUCGGGGGGCAGGCGCAGAGCAGAAAAGUAGUUUGACGUGGGUCGGGUCGCCUUAGAUGGAUGCGGUGACAUGGAUUUGGAAUGAAUGUCAAAAAUCUGAAGAUUCUGUGGAGAGCAGCCAGAUUCAAGUUUGGCGAGCUCUGUCUGUCGCAUCGUCUGUGCUCCUCCUCACGUGGAUGGCCCGAUGCGCUCAUUGAUUAGUUAGUUAGCAGUUUGUAAUCCGGUUGGAGAGAAUGGAAUGAAUGUCUUUGACAUCACCCAAGUCACCAGCCAGCGCCAGCGCCAGCCCAGAACCGGCAUCCUUCGGAAGCCCGACCGGCACGUUCGGCGAACUACCGACACCUACAGCGACGUGCCGGCUAGUUUUCAACCGGCUGAGUUUCUCCCCGGUUUCUAAUCCGAGGCCAGAAACCCGGUCCGGCCACCCUCAGCGCCCCAACGGUCAGCUCGACCAUGACCCGGCCAGCCCAUCUCCCACGAAAGUCCACUGCCAUUAGAGAAAAGGAGCAGGCAGCUGAUUUGGAGGAUAAGGAUGGGCUACUGUUUGGGGUCUGGCUGUGGCAUGGCAGGGAGUGGGGUGGAGUGGAAUGGAAUGGAAUGGAAGGAAAUUCUUGUAGUGUACUGUGCGACUGUGAAUCCCUCGUCUCUCUCUCGCCCGCCUGCAACUGUUGGGCAGUACAGUUCUUACCUUUCUUAUCUUGCCUCCGGCUCCUGCUGUUGUGCUCUGGCGUGAGUGAGGCCAAGAUCGGCAGUGUGUAAUAUUUGAACCAGCGACUGUCACAUUCGAGCCAUAGGAGGAAGGGACGAAUUGGAAACCUCAUCUCACCUCACCCCACCCCACCCCUCCCCUCCCCUCGAUUAAAAACAGUGCCCAUCGAAUGCCAAAAAUCGAAGUGCAGCGAGCGGCAUAGAAAAAGGAUGGAAGAUCCCGCCGAGCCGUACAGGGAUGGAUACCGAGGUGCGAGGGUGGGGCUAGGCCCCGAUAUC